AGAAAACUGUAACCACAAAUGUGGUGGUUACAUGGUUUGCUGGUGGAUCACAUAUGAUGCAUGCUGGUGCGCAGGGGCGGACUGACAACUCAUGGGGCUCCCGGGCAAUAGGGGAUCAUGGGGCCCCUGCGUCCUUGCCCAAACUCAAAAAAGCCUAUGAAAAAGGUACCAGGGACAUCUCAUGGGGCCCCCUACUGACACCGGGCCCUCGGGCAGUGCCUGAGUUUCCAAAUGCUCAGUCCGCCCCU